AUGAGAGCCAUUGUGGCAAAUAGAUAUCUUGGGAAGCAAAUUCUCAACUUCGCAACUUCUUCCUCAUUUGGCCAAUGUGCCAAAAUUACCAACAUACCAACUCCUGAGAUCUCCGAUAAUGAGAUUCUAGUCCAAGUGCGUGCCGUUGCACUCAACCCAGUCGACAACAAGAAUAUCGAUUUUCUCUCCCCGAACAACAGUACCAUAGGCUGUGAUUAUGCUGGAGAGGUGGCAAAAGUUGGAAAAGACAUGAUCGGCAGAUGGAAUGUAGGGGACAGAGUCGCGGGCUUUGUCCACGGCGGUCAAUACCCUGACGUCGGCUCUUUUGCCGAAUACCUGAAGGUUGAUGGAGAACUUGCAUGGCCCAUUCCUGACGCGAUCACCACAUCUGAGGCUGCAACGUAUGGUAUUCCAGCAGUCACUGCAGUUUUUGCACUUCUGCAUCUGGAUGUCGCAUGGGAAGAUAUUCUCUCAGGAGCCACGAAGCAAUCUUCUGCGAAGUCCUCAAUUUUGAUUUACUCCGGUGGUUCAAACGUUGGACUGUUUGCAAUCCAACUUGCCAAAAGAGCAGGUCUUCAUGUUAUUGCCACUGCAUCACCACGGUCGUUUGAUUUGGUCAAACGCUAUGGCGCAGACACCGUGUUUGACUAUCGGUCUCCAACGGCGGCCAGUGAAAUUUCCAAAGCUCAUCCUGAUAUCACCAAAGCUUUGGACUGCUUCUCGGAGGGAAAUUCUUCUCAUUUCUGCGCAGAGGUGCUUAAAAAUGGUCGAGUUAUCACGCUUCUGGAUCAAGGGAAGCCAAAAAGGGCAGAUAUCGAGUUCAAAAGUCUCAUGGUCUUCACAGCCUUUGGCAAACCGUUCUCAUUAUUGUCGCCCCUAGGUCCAAAGUUCUCAGUUGUUCCUGAUGAUCGGGAUUCGCUUCGGCGUUUAUAUGCUAGCUUGAGUCAACUGUGUAAUGGUGCUUUGAAACCUCCCCCGAUUACAGUGCUGGAAGGAGGCCUUAACGCGGUCCUUCUCGGUCUUGAUCGACUUCGCAAAGGAGAAGCCCAAGGUACCAAGCUUGUUGUGCAGCUGACGUCAUAA